AUGUCCAACACGAACUUCCUGGGCCACACAGCGGAACGGCUGUGUCAGCAAGCCCAGGAGCUAAUGCGUGAAGCUCAAACGCUGCAGGACAGAGCGUGGAUCUACACUCAAGAAGCUGAUGCUCUUGUGCAGGCGCGAGCGCAGCCUAGCCACUUUACGCCCGAAAAGUUCAGCUGGGCCUCUGAUGAAGAUGAGCCUGCUGCCGACGAGCCCUCUUCUUCGCAAGCACGGGGUAGCGCCAGAAAAGGCUCUAGACGGCUGCAAUUGUCGAAGUCCAAGACCGGAUCUGCGAAGGCCCGUACUGGAAGGCGUGGGUCGGCCCAAAAAGGUAUCGAGGGCAUCCCUCAAGAGGUCUUCGACAUGAUCCUGGACGAGCUGCUUGACGAUUACCGGCGAUGGUAUUACUCGGAGGAUCCUGGUCUUCUCGCGCUCAGGUCUACGUCCCGUAAACUGAACCAGAUGACUACACUUCGCUUUGCAGAGAAAAGCUUCACGAAUACAACGUUCAUAAUUAGUGUCGAAGAUGAUCGCCAGAUCGCGCUCGCGCUCGCCUCACAUCCAGUCUUCGGCCCUGCAAUGAAGGAAGUGACCCUCAACUUCGACGAGCUGGCUGAUCCAGAGAAAGCGUAUGACUACUUCACGAAACCUGCAGCUUUCCCUGCGAACUACAAAUUGACACAGCAUGACUGGCGUCGUGCAACCGUGAUCGACAGCGGUAGGCAGCUGCAAACACUUGUCGAGCUCUUGUCAACACUCAAGAGCACCGGGAAGUUCGAACAGCUUACGCUACAAACCGUUGGUCAAGACGUCUGGGCCAGCGGCCAAGGCGGCGAGCGCCUGUAUAAGCAGCUCUACGGAUCGCUGCCAGAAACGAAGAAUCAUAUGAACACUUGGUCUAAGCUGUUCAAGCGACCACAGCGGGAAGAUUCGAUGAGGCACUUCAAGACCACCCUUGAAGCAUUAAUUGUGGCCGAGCUGGAUGUUCCCACUUUCGAUGUGAGCAGUUCAGCCUUCGACUAUACAAUCACCAUCGACAUGCUCGCGAGGAACCCUGGUAUGCUUCAGAUGUUGGGCCUUCCCACAGUGGACCUGGCCCCAGUCGUCGAUCUUAUCGUUGGGACACCGCGACUCAGAAGUCUGCACCUCGUUGGCAGCCCUGAAGCGCCGGCCACUACCGUGUUCGUAGACACAGUCCUCUCCAGUCGGCUGCCGGCUCUUCGCGAGCUGUUUCUCUGGGAUACUUUCGUGUUUAGAGAUCGAUUGGAGACUUUUGUCAAGAGGCAUCGGCAGCUCGAUUUGCUCGCCACGGUCAAGUGUCGUCUUUACACUGAGUCUUUGCUUGUGGUCAGGUCCUCUCCAGAAAUGUUGCUGGCGGAAUCUCUUGACUAUGUGAAGAGUAGGAAAGCUGACGAUGUAGGGAGGUUGAAGCGGGACAAAGAUCGCUUGAGGUGGGAUUAUGACCGUCUAUUGGAAGACUUCACGGUGGACGGAAUCUCACCAGCUCACCUUCCGGAUCGAAUGUGA